UCCACAUCAGUUGACUCCUUCCACCCCCUCAGACAGCAGAUGGACAGACCCACAAAAGCAGCAUUCCUUCACGUACUCUGAAGUUCUCCUCAAACAGCCAGGCGACGCAUGCCUUAGCUUGAGAGCAAGCUCGAGCGCGCAGAAAGGAAAACGCAGGAGCGCAGAAUAAAAAGUAAUGUCGGCAAAUUCAUAACCUAGGGUUUCAAAGGUCCUGAAAAGUGACAAUAAAUAAUAAUAAUAAUAAUAAUAAUAAUAAUAAUAAUAAUAAUAAUAAUAAUAAGCACCUGAAGACUUGAACCAAGAGAUUAAUAAAUAGAAAACAGUGCUGCACUGUAGAGGUUGCUGAAACAAGUGAAGAUGAAAGAAGAGUACGAAAGGCUGAUUGACAACCGGGAUUAAACUAUAACAAAGCAUUGUAGCAGCGGGAAUUCUGUGAUUAAAACUUUACCCUGCGGAUUUCCUUUCUUUCCAAUGCUUUAUUUUCCAGGUAUUGACUCGUUCCCAAAAAAUUGAGGAACAAGUGAGAAAAACGAGAUGAAAAGCAAACAGAAAACAGAGAAUAUAACAAGAGGAGCAAAUAAACAGCCAGUGAAAAAGAGACGAGGAGAAGACAACUAACAGGUGUUGUGCCGCUGAGAAAGUUAGGGGACCGAAGAGCAGGCGGGUAGAAGCGCUGUUUUACUAUGGGGUUCCUGAUCCAGGCGCUUCGGUUGCUGGGGGUUUGCAUGUCGAUCCAGGUGCUGCCAGCGUGUAGCCAUAUGAGGACAAGAGCCCACGCAGAGGAGAGACUUCUGAAGACCCUCUUCACUGCUUACAACAAGCUGUCCCGGCCUGUGGCCAACAUCUCUGAUGUAGUGCUGGUCCGCUUCGGGCUGUCCAUUGCCCAGCUUAUUGAUGUAGAUGAAAAGAACCAGAUGAUGACCACCAAUGUCUGGGUGAAGCAGGAAUGGCAUGAUUACAAACUCCAAUGGAACCCUCUGGAAUAUGAAAAUGUGACUUCAAUUCGAAUUCCAUCAGAGCUCAUCUGGAGACCAGAUAUUGUCCUUUACAAUAAUGCCGAUGGGGACUUUGCAGUGACUCACCUCACCAAAGCUCAUCUUUUUCACGAUGGCAGAAUCAAAUGGAUGCCCCCAGCUAUCUACAAGAGCUCUUGCAGUAUUGACGUUACCUUUUUCCCUUUUGAUCAGCAGAACUGUACCAUGAAGUUUGGCUCCUGGACUUACGACAAAGCUAAAAUAGACCUGAUCAGCAUGGCAAACAACGUGGACCAAUUGGAUUUCUGGGAGAGUGGGGAGUGGGUCAUCAUCAAUGCAGUUGGGACGUACAACAUAAAGAAAUACGAAUGCUGCACGGAAAUCUACCCCGACAUUACAUACUCCUUCAUUAUCAGGAGGCUUCCUCUGUUUUACACUAUCAACUUGAUCAUCCCUUGCCUUCUAAUCUCCUGCCUGACCGUGUUGGUCUUUUAUCUCCCUUCUGAGUGUGGGGAAAAGAUCACCCUCUGUAUUUCAGUGCUUCUAUCCUUGACUGUGUUCCUCUUACUAAUUACAGAGAUAAUCCCUUCCACGUCCCUUGUAAUUCCCUUGAUCGGAGAGUACUUGCUAUUCACUAUGAUAUUCGUAACACUCUCAAUUAUUAUCACCGUCUUUGUCCUGAAUGUUCAUCACCGCUCGCCCCGUACCCAUAUGAUGCCAGACUGGGUACGGAGGAUAUUUCUAGAUGUCAUCCCCCGACUCUUGUUUAUGAAAAGACCUGCAUUGGUGAAGGAGAACUGCAAAAAACUAAUUGAGUCACUGCAUAAGAAAGCAAGCUCACCUACGCUCUGGUCUGAGAUUGAGGAUGCUCAGAAACUCCCUACCAUGCCUCUGGAGAGUCAAGAGAGUACUGAUCUCUCCCUUACUUCUCCAUUGAGCCAUCUGUUAGAAGAUACAACACCUAAAUCCCAAAUCCUCUGCAAGUCAUCCUCAAGCCAAUGCUCUAUUCUUCUCGAGGAACCUGGUCAAAAAAGCCAUUCUCCCCCUUCAGUCUUGCGUCACCAUCUAAGCUUUGAUGAGCCGCGUAAUCUCCCCAAGGGGAGAUCAUUCAGUGUCCAGUACACAUGUGGUGAAAGUGAGCUCCCUCAAGCCACGACUCGAUGCAGAUCCAGAAGCAUCCAGUACUGCUGCCUGCAUGAGGAGUCCUCCCAAAGCAAUGGUCAUUCCAGCAGUAAGUGCAGCCGGUCGCCAUCAUUCCAGCUUCCUCACCUCAAGGAGAAACCAUUCACUCCCAACCCAAGCCAAUGGAAAUGCAAAAAGGUCCCAGAGACAACAGCCACAUCUGAAAGGGUUUCAAAAAUCUUCAGUGCCAAGAAGCAACAUCUUCUAGUAAUGUCCCCUUCCAUGAAGCAAGCCAUUGAGGGGGUGCAGUAUGUUGCAGACCAUCUGAGGGCAGAAGAUGCUAACUUUUCUGUAAAAGAAGACUGGAAGUAUGUUGCUAUGGUGAUAGACAGGAUCUUUCUCUGGGUGUUUAUAAUAGUUUGCAUUCUAGGGACUGUUGGACUCUUCCUUCCUCCAUGGCUGGCAGGAAUGAUCUAG